UUAAAUUUUUUUUAAUAGCAUUCAUGGUUAAUUAUUUUUUGUGUUUAAAUAUUGUAGUAUUACAUAGCAUUGAUAUUGCUAUUUAACAUACAAUCCCAAUAUUCACAACAUCCAAUAUAUUUUAUAAGUUAUAUAUGUGUUUAAACGUAUAGUAUGUGCAGUAUGAAAGCAGUUUUAGAAGUGUAAAGCAUAUUAAAGAAGAAAAUCUGAAUAUAUUACUUGAAGGAAAAGAAACAAAUUUUAAUUUAAGAUUAUUUUCAAGAUCUUAGAAAAUAUUUUAUUAAGCAAAAAAAUAUUCCACAAAAAAGUUUAAAAAAUUUUAAAAUAAUAAAAAUUAUGCAAAAUUAUAAAAAUAAAAUCGCGGAAAGCUUUUGGAUAUAUGUGGUCGGUCUUUUAAAUAAAUAGAAAUUUGCUAAUCAUUGUUUUGAUAUAAUUUUUGUUAUAACAUGAAUAAAUUUUGAAAUGUUCUAUAUAAUUUUAAUGUAUUAUGGUCGCAAGAAUUUAUAAAUGUUAGUGUUUUUGAGCGUAUAGGCAGAAAUUGUAUAUGUGCUGUUUUUAUAAAACACACGUAAAAAUCGAAAUUUCGGUGUUAUAACAUAACGGUAUUUCAGUUAAAAUAUAGUAGUAAUAUUUAAGAAUUUUGCCGGUUUCUUUUAUUGGUGGCAAUCUAAUUACAUUACAUAAAAAAUAUUAAAAUGUGGACACAAUUACUUAAAUAUGUGUGAUUUUCUUAUAUUUAAAUUAAACUUAAUAGAAUAGAAUGUUUCUUUUGAAAUCAUAAUGUACUGGAAGAUAUCAAGGAAGGACUUUUAGGUUUUGUAUAUGGCUAAAGUUCGACAUUUUUAAAUACUUGAAAUGUUACGUAGCUGUGUAUGUUUUCGUCGUAAUAAGCGACGUAGUUCAAGUUUUGAGGAUUCAUCAUCAUGCCGCUCCUCAGAAAUCGAAAGGGGUGGUGGCGGAAGCGACACAGCAUAUCAUAACAGUAAUUUAUUUCAACUUUUUCGUUCAAAAGGUUGGUAUCAUCAGUGGCGAAAAACCGGUCGUGGUAUGAGUAUGACUAAAAUUGAAAGAACUAUGAAAGCGGCACUUCUUAUUCAAAGAUGGUAUCGACGAUAUUUAGCGAGAAUGGAAGUUAGACGUCGUUAUACAUGGACAAUUUUUCAAAGUAUAGAGUAUGCUGGAGAACAAGACCAAGUUAAGCUGUACAAUUUUUUUAAUGCUUUAUUGACACACAUUCCUGAUGCUGCUGGAAAAGCAGUAGAAUCACAACCAACUUCAAGAGCAUCGUCAACAGAACAUUUAGAGUCGAAUUUCGCUGAUGAAUCUGAUGAUCUUGGUGAAGAUGGUGUUGCACCAGAAAAAUCUUACCGUGGACCACAUUUGCAAUUUCCUUUAGAUAAAAAAGAUGUUCACACAUUAAUUGAUUUAUUUCGUAAGAAGAAGUACAAUCGCUUACAUGCCAAAUAUGUAGCUGGUAUACUACGCGAAGCAACGAACCGUCUUAAGAGACUUCCAAAUUUAAAUCAAGCAUCGACUGCAAUAUCAAAACAAGUUACUGUGUGUGGUGACUUACACGGAAAAUUAGAUGAUUUAUUAGUAAUUUUCCAUAAGAAUGGACUUCCAUCAACUGAAAAUCCUUAUGUAUUUAAUGGUGAUUUUGUAGAUAGAGGUAAAAAAGGUCUUGAGGUGUUCUUGUUAUUGCUAGCGACCUUUUUAGUUUUCCCUGGUGGAGUAUUUUUAAAUCGAGGAAAUCAUGAAGACAGCGUUAUGAAUGGUAGAUAUGGUUUUAUUAGAGAAGUUCAUCAAAAAUAUAAACGUAAUGCAGAAAAGUUAUUAAAAUUGAUUGAAGAAGUUUAUAGAUGGCUACCAUUAGGUACAAUCGUAAACAAUCGUGUAUUAAUUGUCCAUGGUGGUAUAUCAGAUACAACAGAUUUAGAUUUAAUUAAAAGUCUAGAUAGAGGAAAAUAUCUCUCAAUUUUGAGGCCCCCAGUUACAGAAGGUUCACAGCCAGGAGCGGAUAUCGUAGACAAAGUGGAAUGGAAGCAGAUAUUUGACAUUAUGUGGAGUGAUCCUAAACCUAACGAAGGUUGUGAACCAAAUUCCUUACGUGGUGCUGGUUGUUAUUUUGGACCUGAUGUAACAAAUACUUUUCUACAAAAAUAUAAACUUUCAUUUCUUGUUCGAUCACAUGAAUGUCGUCCAGAUGGUCAUGAACUAACACAUUCUGGAAAAGUUAUUACAAUAUUCUCAGCAUCAAAUUAUUACGCAAUCGGUUCAAAUAAGGGAGCUUAUUUAAAACUCGAUCCACAUUUAGAUACACACUUCGUUCAAUAUACAGCUGCAGCAAGUAAAACAAGAAAAUUAACUUUCCGCCAAAGAGUGGGUUUAAUUGAGAGUUCAGCUCUAAGAGAAUUAGGAGCAAGACUACGUGAAAGUCGAUCAGAUUUGGAGAAGGCCUUUAAGAAGCGUGAUAAAGAUGGCUCAGGACAUUUACCUCUAUCAAAAUGGUGUGAAGCUAUGGAAGAAGCUACUGCAUUAGGUCUUCCUUGGCGUUUGCUACGUGAAAAACUAGCACCAGGUCCUGAAAAUGUUACACCAUCAUCUUCAACAGAAGUCAAUUACAAUAAUACGCUCGAAUUAUUGGAUACUGAUAUUAUAAAAUCAACUCAGCACGCUUCUACUUCUGUUGCGGAAUCGCUAUAUACAAACAAAAGUAGUUUAGAAGCGAUAUUUAGAAUAUUAGAUAAAGAUAAUUCAGGCCAAAUCUCGUUAGAAGAAUUUGGAGAUGCAUGUGAAUUAUUACAAAAGCAUCUUCCUGGCACUGACACUAAAGAACAACUUUUAGAUAUGUGUAAAAUGAUGGAUAUUAACAAAGAUGGGUUAGUUGAUCUGAAUGAAUUUCUUGAAGCAUUUAGAUUAUGUGAAGCUGCUCGACGAGGUGUAACAUUGAAUUCUUCGCCAUCUCCGGAGCUAUCAUCAAAACAAAAUGGUUCAGUUAAUGUUGGAGAAAAACCUGAUAAAUUAUCAAAAACAAUUGGCGACGCUUUCAAUGAAUCGCAAUUAUUAUCGGCGUCAGUGUUAAGUGAAAGUUACGAAAUUGAUGAAGAUGAAGAUGGUGACAUUAUAGUUGAUGAUCUUGGAAAAAUUAUAUUGGUUUGCACAGAAGAUAAUAAAUAAGAGAAGUUAUUGCACUAUUUUGCGUAUUUUCAAAUAGAAAUUAGAUAAAAAAUCCUAUGGCAUUACUUAAAAAAAAAACGCAUUAAAAAAAGCAAAUUUCAAAAUUAUUAUAUACAUUUUUAUAGAAAAAUUUUUUUCAGCCCAAAAAGCAAGAAUAAUAUGUAAUGUAGGGGAAAAAAAUUUGAAGUCCUAUUUAAUUCUUUCAAAACAAACAAUUUCCAAAACAAAAAUUAAAAUAAACAAUUUUAUUAUGGGGCCAAAUAUUGAAAAGUAAUAAAAUAAUAUUAACAUAAAUUAAUUAAAUAAAAAAUCAAAGUAAUCGAAUCUGUUUAACUGAUUUCACUUUAAAACGAACUAUUUUUUUAAAAUUUCAAAAUUAGCAUAAUAAUUUUAAUAGGUAAUUUAUAUUUUUAAUAUAAUGUACAUAAAUGUAUGUUCAUUUUCAAAAUGAAUAAAAAACUUCAUGAAGGAAAAACGAAUU